AUGACUCAUGGCAAACCGGUUUGUCGUGGAUUGCGUAUCGACUGUGGAAGCUGCACUAGUGUUAUGAUUUGCAACUAUCAGAACCAGACUGUAGGUGGAUAUGAUUGUGCUUCGACAGAUCCAACGCGUCCUUACUGCACUAAAGCAGGUGUUUGUUCCAGUACAAUUGAUGAUAGUUGUCAAAUACAAAGCGACCUAUGUCCAUCGACAUCAAAAUAUUACCCAGAUCCGGCCAAUUGUGCAAAUGCGUUGUAUUGCAAUGAUGAAUAUUACGCUUCAAAAACUAGUGCUCCAUCAUCGGGAUAUGUCUUCAACUAUUCUUCACAAACAUGGUCCUUACGCCGAUCUCCGGCUGACUGCUUCGAAAUCAAUUGCUUCGCCGCGGGAAAACAAAAUACAUGGACCGCAUAUAAACCAGAUCCUAAACUCAGCAUUUAUUGCGGCACAUACGGUCCAAUGAUUUUUGAGUGUUCCGGAAUAAAUUACAUUUUCAACGAAUCCAAGAAGCAAUGCGAGUUCUCCUGUGUAAAAGAAGGGUCUUUUCCACAUCCAACCGAGACAAAGCUGUACUACUUAUGCCUCCCGACAACAAAUGGAAAGUCUAACCUUUAA